UUAAGGUCAUGCUGAUGCGGCACCUGAGAUACAUAUCUCAUUGCUUCACUGUCCAGGCGCCAUGUCUGACACCCGAUACAUCCCUUAUCACUUCACCGUCCAGGUGCCAUGUCCGACUCUCUCACACACGGCUGAGCUCUCAGCCUGGAGGGACUGGGACCGCUAUCAACCGAUGCAUAUGGUUUUGUCUACCAAAAAAUGAAACGUUCACCGUCCAGGCGCAUCCACCUGGCUCCCCGCCAGCCCACAUUAUGGCUUGCAAUCCCUUCCAGGCUAGGAUUCGGAGAGUUGGAAUGGUGGGCCUCUUUGCACACUCCUCUGAUAUAUAAGCACGCUCAAGACGCUCCAAUACGAAGACUUGUGGCCCAUUCUAUCGACGAGUUAUUCCUGUGUAUGUGGGUUGUUGAGUGUGGGUUACGCUGCAAUGAGUUGAUACGUGGGCACGAUACGUCGAAACAUCUCCGAAAUUGUCACGGAAUUAAGGGCGCGGACGACUUGCGCGUCAGUUGCUGUUGGCAGGGCUGUAACAUGGUGCUGAACAAGGAAGGCCUUACCCGGCAUGUGCAAGGAGCGCAUCUCAAGAUCUUGUAUCCUUGCGACACCUGCAAUAAGAUGUUCACGCGUACACACAACCUAGAUGUGCACAAGAGAACCUGCUCCACCCCGCAGGGGUAAUGGGUGAUGUCGCUUCGAUGGUGGUUUGGGGUUGUGUAGAUACUGGAGCUCCUGUGCGUCUAAAACGGCCGGCAGGAACGGC